AUGGCUGCUUCAACGUUGUCCGUCGUUACUGAUAAACAUAAUUUUGUACCUAUUAAUCCAGGUAUAUUGUACGAGUAUCAAUACAAAUGGUUUACAAUUCAUAUGACCGAUGAAGAAACUUUACAAUUACUUGCUUCUGAUCAUCGUAAUCGCCAAUCAUUUCCAAUUGAGAAAUAUCCUUGUCAAGUCUAUUUAGUAGACUUUGAAUCAACGAAUCGUAUUCGUGUUUGGUUAAAUCAAGAUGAAGUAGAUGUAGAAAAAUGUUCUGAUUAUAUGUAUGAUAAAUAUAGUUUCGGUCGAAUGAAAUCAUGUUGGGUUUGCAAAUGGAUUGAUUGGGAUGACAAUUGGUUAAUUGAUACAGAAGAAAUAUUAGAUGAAACAGCAAUUAAUAAACCUAAUUUUUAUCGAUUAGAUGGUGAUAACGAUGUAGAAUUUGGUGAUGGUGGUUCAGCUUCUCUUGUUUAUCCAGUAUGGAUUCAUGAACAACUACCAAUUAGUGAAAAACGUCGAAAACGACUUCUUAACGUUUUGUAUCAACUUAAUGAAGAACGACAAGAUUUUCAUCCAAGUCCAUCACCAGUUGAAGAUAUUAUUGAUCCAGAUCUACUUCCAUAUCGACCAGUAUCAAUAUUUGAUCAAAAUCGAUGGAUUGAACGACGAAAAAGACAACUUAACAACACAGAACUUAAACAACGUCGUUUCGUACGAGAUUUAAGAGAGGGAGCGUAUAAUGAUUUAUCCGAGCACGAGAAAUUACGUGAUACAUACCAGUGGGUACCAUCAGAAUUUAUUAUUGAUAAAGAUGGUAAAGUCGAUAUUCGAACACCGAUUAUUCAUUUACCUGUAUUACCUGAAUAUCGACAAAGUUAUGGUGAUAUUGCAAGAAUAUUUCAUUCAAUGUUACCAAUGUUUGAAAAACUAAAAUUAAUUAAUCUUAAAUCAAAUGUAUCACAAAAAUUACAAGUAAUUAUCAAAGCACAAAGUUAUAAUUUAAAAGCAGGAAUGAAAUAUUCUGGUCGAUGGCAUACAGAAGGUCAAACAGAAAAUAUCGUUGCUGUAGGUGUUUACUAUUUAGAUAUUGAUGAAGAACUUGAAGGUGGUGCGUUAAAAUUUCGUCCAAAAUAUUCACCUCAGUCAUCAUAUGCCGAGUUGGAGACUGAUCAUUGUAUAUCAUCUAUAAAAACAGGUAUGGCAGUUGUAUUUUCAAAUUCAAUUCCACAUCGUUUUCAACAAAUUCGAAAUUUAACCACUCAAGAAGGUCGUCGUCGAACAUUUUUGAAUUUUUUUAUUGUUGAUCCCGAACAACCAAUACAUUUACAAUCCAAUGAAAUUAUUUAUGCUCCAAAAAAUUUUAUUAUUCAAAUACUUCAAAAAUGGCGUGAAAUAGGAUUACCUGAUAUUGUUAUAGAUAAUAUUUUAAAAAUGUUAAAUUUAUCAUCAGUAUGGGAAACAAAAGAUUUAGCAAAAGAGUUUCGAGCUCGUGUUCGACGCGCAAUGUUAGAUGAAAAAACAGGAUGGGGUUGGAUUUGUUGGGGAAAUUGUGGAACAACAGAAUUUGUACGAUCUUUAACAGUAUGGCCACCAAGGGAAAGAGAUGAAGCACUAGAUCAACUGCAUCAUACAGAAUCUGAUUGA